AUGGUUAGAUCCAUCUCCUACACCCCUUGGGUGGAUUUCACUCGGGCGCAGCCAAAUCGGUACUUUGGGAUUUUCAACGCCUCAACGGGUGGAUCUAACUCCUCCCGCCUCUUUGCUGUUGAGCUCGACACUAUUAAAAACGGAGAGUUCGAGGAGACGAACCAUAACCAUGUUGGGAUUGAUGAGAACGAUCCCAUUUCAGUGGAAUCAGCACCGGCUUCUUACUUCUCCGAGACAGAACAGAGGAAUGUGAGUCUUAACCUCUCUAGUGGAGACACGAUACAGGUUUGGGUUGAUUACGAACGCACUGUACUCAAUGUCUCCGUGGCUCCUCUUAAUGUUGUCAAGAAGCCAAGUCAGCCUCUUUUGUCACGAGCCAUGAACCUCUCAGAUUUGUUUCAAAGCACAAGAUUGUUCGUUGGGUUCUCUGCUGCAACGGGGUCAGCAAUCAGCUACCACUAUCUUCUUGGGUGGAGUUUCAGCACAAGCAGGGAACUACUGCAGCCACUUGACAUCUCAAAGCUUCCUCCAGUUCCUCGGCAUAGAGUUAAGCAUAAGACACCAUAUGCUCUCAUCGUCGGUCUGCCCGCUGCACUUGCUAUCAUUGUAAUUUCUCUUCUUGCAGGAGUUUAUUACCACAGGAAGAAAAAGUAUGCGGAAGUGAGCGAGCCUUGGGAGAAGGAAUACGGUACACACCGCUUCUCAUACAAAUCUUUAUACAUAGCAACUAAAGGGUUCCACAGGGAUGGGUUUCUAGGAAGAGGUGGGUUUGGAGUAGUGUACAGAGGAGAUCUCCCUGAGAGCAAACCUAUAGCUGUGAAGAGAGUCUCUCAUAACGGUGAGGAAGGGAUGAAGCAGUUUGUGGCUGAAGUCGUGAGCAUGCGAAGCCUGAAGCACAGGAACCUCGUUCCGCUUCUUGGGUAUUGCAGGAGAAAAGGAGAGCUUUUGCUCGUUUCCGAGUUCAUGCCCAACGGGAGUCUUGACCAGCACUUGUUUGAUGACCAAAGUCUUGUUCUUUCUUGGUCACAAAGACUUGUGAUUCUCAAAGGUAUUGCCUCUGCGCUCUUUUAUCUCCACACGGGAGCUGAACAAGUUGUUCUGCAUCGAGAUAUCAAAGCUUCCAAUGUUAUGUUAGACGCUGAGCUGAACGGCAGGUUAGGAGAUUUUGGUAUGGCUAGGUUUCAUGACCAUGGAGGCAACGCAGCCACGACAGCAGCUGUAGGUACUGUAGGGUACAUGGCUCCUGAGCUAAUAACAAUGGGAGCUUCCACUGUAACCGAUGUUUAUGCAUUUGGUGUUUUUAUGCUUGAAGUAGCGUGUGGAAGGAAACCUGUGGAGCCUGGGAUGGAAGCUGAGAAACGGUUUCUCAUCAAAUGGGUUUGUGAAUGCUGGAAGAAAGAUUGUUUGCUUGAUGCCAGCGAUCCCAGAUUUGGAGGAGGAUUCGUACCCGAGGAGGUCGAGUUGGUUAUGAAAAUCGGGUUGCUGUGUACAAACAUCGUGCCCGAAUCAAGACCGACAAUGGAACAAGUGGUUCUUUACUUAAACGAGAACCUACCAUUGCCGGAUUUCUCGCCAUAUACGCUUGGGAUCGGCUCAUUUACUCCAGUAGUGGUGGAUGCAGCCUCUCUUACGGGCACAUACACUUCAAGGAACUGGUCUGCUCCUUGGGCAUCUUCUUCAUCAGCCAACAACUCAGAGGAGCAUGAACAACCAUUGGAAUCUAAGAAAUCUCUAAACGUAGUUGUAGAAUCAGAAGACAUUGAGGCUCGCCUCUCCAAGCCAACCAGUGGCUGCUGA